CUGUUCCUUUCACAUCGCCACAAUGAGCUCCAAGGUGAUCAGCAUCACCUCAACAGGCCACUUCAAACAAACCACGGCCUCCUCCACUUACACCGUCGUCGAUUUCUACGCAGACUGGUGCGGACCAUGCAAAGUGAUAAGUCCAGUAUUUGAACAACUCGCAGCAGCAGAGUCCAAACCCGGCCGCAUCAUCUUCGCCAAAGUCAACGUAGACAACCAACGCGAUGUGGCAUCCAUCUAUGGCAUUUCAGCAAUGCCUACGUUCCUGAUCCUCAAAGGCAGUAAAGUCGUCGAAACCGUCCGAGGCGCAAACCCCACCGCUCUACGAUCCGCCAUCCUCUCGGCUGCCGCCGAUGCUGCCAAAGGGCCUGCGAAAGCUGCUGGUUCUUCGGCUCUGUUUAGUGGAAAAGGCCAGACGCUGGGGAGUCAAGGUGGGAGUGGACCGAAUAAUGCUUCCGGGCCUGGCCUUGGGGCUAGUUUGCCGAAUUUGGGACACGCUUUCUCUGCGCCAGGGGCAUUCGCGCAAGGGAGGGGGAUACCGGCUAUGGUGGUGAGGUUCCUGGGACUAUAUUUCUCGACGCUUUUCAGCUUUGAUCCGAUCAGGACGGCGGAGGAGAGUCCGUUUGCGGUGAAAAAGACGAGUGUUAGGUCGAGGUGAGAGUGAUGGUGAAUGAAUUAUGAGAGAUGAGGGCGUUGGAGGCGUUAUAUGUUUCAUGGAGGAGGGUAUUGCAACCAUCAGUCAUAUCUUUGAUGGUUGAAUAACAGCAGGAGCAGAAGACAUAGGAGGCUGGGCUGUCACCAUGGGGCUUCUCGGACGCUGAGAGUGGUAUCACAUGUAUCAUACUGAAACGACUGCAUCUGGACCUAGCUACCUGCCAAACCAGUCCACGUCGAACAAUGUCG